GCCAUAAUUUCCGCUUAUAGCGGAACUCGAAGGCAGUCACAUUCAGUUGACAGUCAGUCAAUAUUAGAGCAAGUCGAGUGAUAUGCUUAGUGUGCUCGGAUCUUUAUUCGGCUCUGCCUCAGAACUUGUGGGGAUCGGCGUUCCCUGCGACGACGGCUUCUCCGACCGCCUCAACCACAACUGGACGACAUUCCUCCUCACGUUUUUCUGCCUCGUCAUCACCACUACUCAGAUCGCCGGCAGCCCCAUCAAAUGUUGGAUCUCCAAGGAUACCGACCAUGCGGACUACAUCCACAAUUCCUGCUGGGUGAAGAACACCUACAACGCCCCCAUCAGCCACCCCCUCCCGGUGGAAGAGAAGGAACGUCAGAAGGCGGAACUCAAGUACUACCAAUGGCUUCCUAUUAUCCUCUUAGUCCAGGCUCUGAUGUUUAAAAUGCCGAACAUGAUUUGGAGCCUGUGCCAAGGCAACGGUGGAAUCAACAUUGAGAAGAUUACCUCCCUUUCACAGAAAACACAGUAUUCAAAGCCAAAGGAAAGAGCGACGACCGUAACAAAUAUUGCAGCCUAUAUUCACAGCUGGCUUAUCUUUGAACGCGAACGUAGGUACACCAUCUUCUCGCGCAUGCGCCGGCGGAUGUCCAGACUUAGCAUCCUUUUCUUCCCUUUAGGAUCCCGCAACGGAACGUAUUUGGUUGGACUGUAUUUCUUUUCCAAAAUUCUUUAUGUCGCUAACUCAGUUGGACAAUAUUUCCUCCUAAAUGCGCUCCUCGGAUUUGAUUUCCUCAAGUUUGGCAUUCUGGUGCUCAGCAAUCUUCUGGAAAAUGGCGAAAUCACGGACACGACGGCUUUUCCAAGAGUCACCUACUGUGACGUCAAAAUACGUCAACAACAGAACGUCAACACCUUCACCUACCAAUGCGUCCUUUCAAUCAACAUGCUAUCUGAAAAGAUCUUUGCUAUUCUGUGGUUCUGGUUUCUAUUCCUUGCAUGCGUGAACGCAGUGUCAACGCUCGUGUGGUCCUACAACCUCGUCUACAGACGCAACAGGGUGCGUUAUGUCGAAAAAUAUCUGAGCAGGUUCGUCAACGUUGAAGAUGAAAAGGAACUGUGUCGCAAAUUCAUUGACGACUACAUCCGCGACGACGGUGUCUUGGUUCUGAGAGCCGUGGCCAACAACUCCAGCAUCAUGGUGCUAGGAGACAUCGUGGAGGCGCUGUGGCACCUCUUCAACAAAAACAGAGAAGUAAGGAACGAAAGGAAAGAACAGAGAAAGAAGGAACUAGAAAACAGAGACAAGAUGGAGUUGGAGGUGAUUUCAGAUGGGAAACAUGGCGCUACAACGCACCUCAGGAAAUUAAAAGAAGUUGACCUGUGAGUACACGGAGCUCAAACAGGAAGAUCAUUACUGUAUUGACAUAUAUUGAAUAUUUGUUACAUAUUUUUCAUAUUCUGAAUGUCUGCAAAUUAAUAGAAGUUUAUGUGCUAAUGCAGGGAGGUCAUGCACAAUUGAUGAAAAGGAAAUGAUAUCACUGUAUUUACAAACAGCACCAAUCGUGUAUAUGUUUCAUGCUCUAUAUGAAUAACAUAGUGGCCAUGUUCUGGCCACUAUAACCUGUAAUUACAAUAUUUAACCCGGGCAAUGAAAUAAUGUUUUCACUUGUUUAAUACGACUAGGAGAAAGUCGACUGGCACAUCCAUUUGGAUAAGAACAUAAAUGAACAUGCUCCUGCAAUAUCAACUUGCCUAUCUAUUCGUAUAUUUCAAGAGAUUUUUAUCUUUCAUUUAUACCUUUGUAAUCAUUCGCUGUGUCUUUGAUAUAAGCAGUUGCAAUUAUUGGAAUGAUGUGGUUAUUAAGGUCUAGUCUCCGUAAUGUAGUUUCUCAAAUAGAUGACAUGAAUAUGUUUUUCAAAUGACACAUUAAUUGUUUUCGAGAUAGUUUAAUAUAUUUUAUUAUUCAUAUUCUUCUUACCAUGUCAGUAAUUAAAUUGUGCUGAUUCUUAUUAACACGUAUACGCUUGAUGCUGAGCUUAUAGAAGGCCGUUUAAUGAUCCGACCCUUUCCUUGCCAAGCAUUUACAAAGUAGGCACAAGUGUGUCUGUGUUCAAACACAUUUAUAGAGAAUCGAAAAAUGAACAAAAUGAAUCUAAUUUUUUAAGAACCUAUUGCAAUUGUUGUCCCGCUAUAACCAAAGACUUUAUUUUUUGUUGCUCCAAAA